AUCAUGUUGAUAAAUAAAUUUGGCCGAACGGUACCUAUUGAUAAAUUUCCCUAUAAAAUCCAUACCUUUUAAUUUCAAACUGAAGAUUGUAAGAAAAUCCAAACCACAACAACCAUGAUACUAAUUUCUUAUCUACUCUCAGCAAGGCAUAAUAGUGCAAGGAUUGAAGGCCUAAAUCUUUCCAAUUUUGAUCAGUCAACACAACCUGCUACUAUGAUUAAAAAUAUUAGGGUUUUUGCUGGGACAUGGAAUGUAGGAGGAAAAACUCCUAAUCAUGGACUUAAUCUUGAAGAUUUCUUGCAAGUGGAAGGUUCUGCAGAUAUAUAUGUUUUGGGGUUUCAAGAAAUUGUACCCUUAAAUGCAGGAAAUGUAUUAGUGAGUGAAGAUAGUGAACCAGCAGCAAGAUGGCUAGCACUUAUAAGCCAUGCACUUAACAAAUCAUCAUAUAAUCAUGAUGAUUCAAGCAGUUCAAAAUCCAACAGUUUAUUCAAUAAGCAUUCUCUUAAAGUUGUUAAAAAGAGUUUAAAGGCUAAUAGUAACCUCCUCAAGACAUGUAAUUGUCCUUCAACAACAAGACGUUUGAGAAAGCUUAGUGAUCCUUCAUGUUCUCUCUUGACACAUUUUCGCGAAGACGAUUUACAGUCGAUUGCUCAGAAAUUUCCUUGUACUAAUUAUGGUUUGAGUUAUCAUCUUAUAUCAAGCAAGCAAAUGGUUGGGAUUUUCCUUUCAGUUUGGGCACGAAAAGAGUUAGCACAACAUAUUGGACAUCUCAGAAUAUCUUCUCUUGGUAGAGGUAUCAUGGGUUGUCUUGGAAAUAAGGGGUGUAUAGCAAUAAGCAUGUCAUUGUAUCGGACGAGCUUUUGCUUUGUGUGCAGUCACUUAGCGUCUGGGGAGAAAGAAGGAGAUGAGCUAAGAAGAAAUGCAGAUGUUGCUGAGAUUCUUAAAAGCAUACAAUUUUCCAGAAUUUGUAGGAAUCCCGAUAGAGGAAUCGCAGAAAAAAUUACUGAUCACCAGCGUGCAAUAUGGCUUGGAGACUUGAACUAUCGAGUGUCUUUGAGCUAUGAAGAAACAAGGCUUCUUUUAGAGGAUAAUGACUGGGACUCUCUUUUGGAAAAGGAUCAGUUGAAUGUGGAGAGAGAAUCAGGAAGAGUGUUUAGUGGGUGGAAAGAAGGGAAGAUCCUUUUCGCUCCAACAUAUAAGUAUUCUCAUAAUUCUGAUUCCUAUGCCGGAGAGACAACAAAGUCUAAGAAGAAACGAAGAACCCCUGCAUGGUGUGAUAGAAUAUUAUGGCGAGGCGAUGGCAUUGAACAAUUAUCUUAUAUUCGAGGGGAAUCAAGAUUUUCAGAUCAUAGACCAGUUUGUUCUGUUUUCGCGGUGGAUGUAGAGGUGGAGGCAGAGCUAGUCAAGAAGAAUAACUCCAAAUUUAGAAAGGGCUUUUCUUGCAUUGCUAAUAGGAUGGAUCACUAUGACGAUUUUAUACCCCAGAGACACAGCUUUUAUGAUUAUUGAAAUACAGUACCACUCUAACUAUAAUAAAUAUCUUCUUCUAUUUCUCUAGCUAGCUUGGGACAAUAUAUCGGAAAUUAACUA